AUGCCGCUUGCCUCCGCCGUGGCGUGCGGCACAAAUCAAUUACAGACACGCCAGCAGGAUUCGUUGCAGGCUAUCGUGAACAAACAUGUGCAGGACCCUGCUCUACGAGAGCUCAACAGCAGCCAGACGUCUACAGAGCGGGGUGUCCAGCGCUGGGAGCAGGCCCACCUUGUUUCUGCCCUGGACGUCAUCAACGACUACCAGCGGUCUCGGCGUGCGCGAGUCUUCAAGGCACUGGGGGAUUUUGGCCCUAGUUGGAGGCGAUCCUACAAGAACGACCCCAGGACCCGGAUGUGUGAGCUUCUGAAAAGCUGGCUCCGGGCGAAUGCUGCGAGCAGCUCACUGGCGGAGGAAGAGGUGCGAAGCAUGUGUGGACUUUGCCGUGACAUUCUCAGCCAUCCGCACCUUUUCCCAGCUCGCAAUCCCCAGAGUUUCUUGAAGAGUACGGCGGACGUGUAUGACCACCUGCAGUGGCAGUUGCAAGAGGUCUUGGAAAAGGAUCGGAGCUGUGCAGAGCUAGCACAGCGGCUCAUCUCGCUCAGUCGCAAUCUUGUCGCAGACACCGUCUCGUAUCUUCUGCUUGCUCCUACAGACCUGAAGGACACCGAUGGGCUGCCGUCUUUGGAGGUGGUCAAACUCUGGCAAUCCCUUCCAGAUGCGGGCCAUCCGAUGCCGAAUCGCAAAGAUCCUGGUUUGCAGAAGUUGAUGUCUGAGGCCUGGAGCACACGCUGCGGUGCCCUUGUUGCUGCACUUCUGCGAGCACCUUGGUGUAUUCGUUUGUUCGCGGGAGCGGACGCCGAGAACACUGCCAGACUCGCCGCCCUAGAGAAUGGAGAUGGAGAGGCGGCAGAGACUCCGACGGCCUCACUGCAGGUCCUGCUUCGACAGGCACGCGUCGCCUUCCAGACUGGGAACUACAAGGCCAGCGGGCUUGUCGGUGCUCUUCGUGGGGAGGAGAACUCUCAGCGCGAGAAUCUGCUGCAUGCCAUCACGCUCAUCUCCGACAUUAUGUAUCUGCUCGGAGAGGUCAUGGUUCAAUUCCAUCGCAUCAGUGACGGGCUAGGAGACUAUGGCAUGAUUCGGGUGGCUCCAUGGCUACAUCCCAUCUUGGAUUCUCUGCAAGAGAAGGUGCAGCAACUAAAGGCCAGCUUGGAGCAACUCAGCAAUUCCCUGGACUCGGCCUACGUAUUGGCUCGGGCCCGUGGCCAAAAGAUCCAGAAGCCAGCGCCUUCGGAGAAGAUGUGCGCUCGUGCCCGAGAUGCCAUUCAGCGCGCGCUGCUUGGCGGAACAAGCCAUGCGAGUCAGCUGCUGCAGCUCGCAGAGGAGCUUCGGGCACGCUCGGCACCAGAGCGCUUGCCUCAUCUGGCCAAGGGCCUGGGUGAUGCAUGCUUAACGUUGAGCGAGGUCCUGGUGUCUGCUGAGUUCAGGCGACACGUUGGGGAUUCCUUCCCACAGCUACCUACACUGACGGACUUGGGCUCGGAUCCCAAAACACGGACCAUCAAGACAGGCAUGGCGACGCUGGCCCUGGAAGACUUUAACGUGCAGACCCGCUUCACAGAAAGGCGGCCGGUGCGGGUUCGCACUGAGCCAAAAACUGCCCACAUCAUGAAGGUGACUCCCUGGACAGAUGGAGAUGUUCAGGACACAGCAUCCACAUCAGCUACGCCACGUACGAUGGCACGCGAGAAUUCUCAGAGUUGCAGCAGCUGCUGCUCAGCUCAGACUGUUGGCAUCCCCACAAGUGGCCCGGUGCUGACUUUCGAGGUCAACCGCCUCACAUCCUUUGAGCCUCUAAAAAGGCACGACCGCAGACGAAUCGAAAUUCAACAUGACGAGCUCUUGAUAUACAGCACGGGCUCACAAUCCAGAAUUAAAUCUGCAGUGCAGCUACCCGAAGGGGUGGAGCGUGUGUUCCUCCUGUCCGACACUGUCCUCGAGGCUUGCUUCUCACUCGUCCCGGCGGAUGCCGUACCGGGAGGUGGUGUGGUACGGCCAAAAGACUACAUCUUCGAGUUUGCUACACCUGAGCAGGCCGACAUCUUUUGCGAGGAGCUGUGGCAUCGGGGAGUCAGAUGA